GCAGUCAAAACCACAAUGGCUCAAACUACACCUUUUUCAGAAUUUACUGCACUUGGCUCCACUUCUGUUGAAAGUACUAUCCUGGGCACCACUUCUGCAGAAACGACAUUCUCUGUAAGUUCAACAGGAAUAUUGGUUACAUCUACACCAGUAUUGACGUCUGCUGGAACAACUUCAUUUACAACUACACCUGGCUUAACAUCUGUUAUUGGAGCCACAAUGGCUCAAACUACUACUUCUGCAGAAAUUACUACACUUGGAACCACAUCUAUAGAAGGUACUACCCUUGGCACCACUUCAGUUCAAAUUACAUCCUCGGUUAGCUCAACAGGGAUGGUGUUGGAUACAGCCACACCAGUUACAACAACUGCUGGAAAAACAACCUCAGCUAUAAUUAGACCCGAAUUAACGUCUGUUUUUGAAGCUACAAUGGCUCAAAUUGCCACUUCUGCAGAAAUGACUACACUUGGCACGCCUUAUAUAGAAAGUGCUAGCUUAAGGACCACUUCUACAGAAAUGGAAAUCUCUGCAAGUUCAACAGAAUUAUCGGAAACAUCCAUGCUUGAAAUGACAACAGCCAGAACAACAACAACCUCAACUGUAACUAUGCCUGCCUUAUCAUCUGCUGUUGAAACAACAGUGGCUCAGCGUACCACCUCUGCAGAAAUUACUGCACUUGGUGCCACUUCUAUACAAUGUACAGCCCUAGGCACCACUUCUGCAGAAAUUACUACCCUUGGAAUCACAUCUGUGGAAAGUACUACACUUGGCAGUACUUCUGUAGAUAUUAGUACUCUGGGCACCUCUUCUGCAAAAACUCCCUCACUUGGCACCACUUCUGUAGAAAGUACAACCCUGAGCACAAUCUCUGCAGAAACUACUACUUUUGGCAUCCCUUCUAUAGAAAGCACAAACCUGGGCACCACUUCUGCAGAAACAACAUCCUCUGUAAGUUCAACUGGAAUCUUGUUAACAUCCAUGCUUGUAAUGACAACUGCUGGAACAACAAGCAUGACUACGCCUGCCUUAACAUCUGCUGUUGAAACCACAGUGGCUCAAACUGCCUCUUUUACAGAAAUUACAACACUUGGCUCCACUUCUACAGAAACUACUACCCUUGGCACCACUUCUGUAGAAAGUACAACCCUGGGUACCACUUCUGCAGAAACAACAUCCUCUGUAAGUUCAACAGGAAUCUUGGAAACAUCCACGCUUGUAAUGACAACUGCUGGAACAACAGCAACUAUGCCUUCCUCAACAUCUGCAGUUGAAACCACAAUGGCUCAAACUGCCUCUUUUACAGAAAUUACAACACUUGGCUCCACUUCUACAGAAACUACUACCCUUGGCACCACUUCUGUAGAAAGUACAACCCUGGGUACCACUUCUGCAGAAACAACAUCCUCUGUAAGUUCAACAGGAAUCUUGGAAACAUCCACGCUUGUAAUGACAACUGCUGGAACAACAGCAACUAUGCCUUCCUCAACAUCUGCAGUUGAAACCACAAUGGCUCAAACUGCCUCUUUUACAGAAAUUACAACACUUGGCUCCACUUCUACAGAAACUACUACCCUUGGCACCACUUCUGUAGAAAGUACAACCCUGGGUACCACUUCUGCAGAAACAACAUCCUCUGUAAGUUCAACAGGAAUCUUGGAAACAUCCACACCAGUAAUGACAACUGCUGCAACACCAAACUCAAUCAUAACCACGCCUGCCUUAACAUCUGCAGUUGAAUCCACAAUGGCUCAAACUACCACUUUUGCAGGAAUUACUACACUUGGCAGCACUUCUGUGGAAAGUACAACCCUGGGCACCACUUUUGCAGAAACUACUAUCCUUGGCUCCUUUGCUGCAGAAACUGCUACCCAUGGCACCAUUUUUGUAGAAAGUACCACUAUUGCCACAACUUCUGCUGAAAUUACACCCUCAGUUAGUUUAACAGGAGUACUGUUGGAAACAUCCACAAUAGUACCGUCAACUGCUGGAACAACAAAGUUGUACUUUGAUCCAAAAAUUACUAAACUUGGCAGCACUUCUGUAGAAACUACUGCCAUCGACACCCCUUCUGUAGAAGGUACUACCUUAAAAACCUCCUCCAUAAAAACUACAUCCUCUGUAAAUUCAACAGGAAUAUUGGUUACAUCUACACCAGUAUUGACGUCUGCUGGAACAACUUCAGUUACUACUACACCUGGCUUAACAUCUGUUAUUGGAACCACAAUGGCUCAAACUACUACUUCUGCAGAAAUUACUACACUUGGAACCACAUCUAUAGAAAGUACUAUGCUGGGCACCAUUUCUGCUGGAAGUACACCCUCAGUUCGCUCAACAGGAAGAAUAUUGGAAAUAUCCACACCAGUAAUGACAACUGCUGGAGCAACAACCUCAUCUGUAGCUAUACCUGCCUUAACAGCUCCUGCUGAAACCACAAAAGGUCAAUCUACCAUUUCUGCAGAAAUUGCUACAAAUGGAACCAUGUCUGUAAAAAUUACAGCACUUGGCACCACUUCUGUAGACAGUACAACCUUGGACACCACUUCUGCCAAAACCAGUACCCUUGACACCACUUCUGUGGACAUUGCUACACUUGGCACCACUAUUGUAGAAAGUACAACCCUGAGCACUACUUCUGCUGAAACAACAUCCUCUGUAAGUUCAACAGGAACAUUUGGGACUACUACACUUGCCACUACUUCUAUAGAAAGUACUACCCUUGGCACCACUUCAGUUCAAAUUACAUCCUCGGUUAGCUCAACAGGGAUGGUGUUGGAUACAUCCACACCAGUUACAACAACUGCUGGAGCAACAACCUCAGCUAUAAUUAGACCCGAAUUAACAUCUGUUUUUGAAACGGCAAUGGCUCAAAUUGCCACUUCUGCAGAAAUGACUACACUUGGCACCCCUUAUAUAGAAAGUACUAGCUUAAGGACCACUUCUACAGAAACGGAAAUCUCUGCAAGUUCAAAAGAAUUAUUGGAAACAUCCACGCUUGAAAUGACAACGGCUGGAACAACAACAACCUCAUCUGUAACUAUGCCUGCCUUAUCAUCUGCUGUUGAAACCACAAUGGCUCAAACUGCCUCUUUUACAGAAAUUACAACACUUGGUGCCACUUCUAUACAAUGUACAGCCCUAGGCACCACUUCUGCAGAAAUUACUACCCUUGGAAUCACAUCUGUGGAAAGUACUACACUUGGCACCACUUCUGUAGAAAGUACAACCCUGAGCACAAUCUCUGCAGAAACUACUACUUUUGGCAUCACUUCUAUAGAAAGCACAACCCUGGGCACCACUUCUGCAGAAACAACAUCCUCUGUAAGUUCAACUGGAAUCUUGUUAACAUCCAUGCUUGUAAUGACAACUGCUGGAACAACAAGCAUGACUACGCCUGCCUUAACAUCUGCUGUUGAAACCACAGUGGCUCAAACUACCACUUCUGCAGAAAUUACUGCACUUGGCACCACUUCUGUAGAAAGUACAACCCUGGGCACCACUUCUGCAGAAACAAUAUCCUCUGUAAGUUCAACAGAAUUAUUGGAAACAUCCACGCUUGGAAUGACAAUGGCCGGAACAACAACCUCAACUAUAACUAUGCCUGCCUUAACGUCUGCUGUUGAAACAACAGUGGCUCAGUGUACCACCUCUGCAGAAAUUACUACACUUGGUGCCACUUCUAUAGAAUGUACAGCCCUAGGCACCAUUUCUGCAGAAAUUACUACCCUUGGCAUCACUGAAACUACCUCAGUUCAUUCAACAGAAAUAGUAUUGGAAUCAUCCACACCAUUAAUGACAACUACUGGAACACCAACCUCAACCAUAACUAUGCCUGCCUUGACAUCUGCUGAUGAAACCACAAUGGCUCAAACUACUACUUCUGCAGAAAGUACUACCCUUGAACCCACACCUGUAGAAGGUACUGCACUUGGCAGCACUUCUGUAGAAACUGCUACUUUUGGUACCUCUUCUGCAGGAACUACCUCACUUGGAACCACUUCUGCAGAAAGCACAACCCUGGGCACCUCUUCUGCUGAAACAACAUCCUCUGUAAGUUCAACGGGAAUCUUGAAAACAUCGCUUGUAACAACUGCUGGAACAACAGCAGCUACGCCUGGCUCAACAUCUGCAGUCAAAACCACAAUGGCUCAAACUACACCUUUUUCAGAAAUUACUGCACUUGGCUCCACUUCUGUUGAAAGAACUAUCCUGGGCACCACUUCUGCAGAAACUACUACCCUUGGCACUACUACUGUAGAAAGUACAACCCUGUGCACCACUUCUGCAGAAACAACAUCCUCUGUAAGUUCAACAGAAUUAUUGGAAACAUCCAUGCUUGGAAUGACAAUGGCCGGAACGACAACAACAACCUCAACUGUAACUAUGCCUGCCUUAUCAUCUGCUGUUGAAACAACAGUGGCUCAGUGUACCACCUCUGCAGAAAUUACUACACUUGGUGCCACUUCUAUACAAUGUACAGCCCUAGGCACCAUUUCUGCAGAAAUUACUACUCUUGGCAUCACUGAAACUACCUCAGUUCGUUCAACAGAAAUAGUAUUGGAAACAUCCACACCAUUAAGGACAAAUACUGGAACACCAACCUCAACCAUAACUACGCCUUCCUUGACAUUUGCUGUUGAAACCACAAUGGCUCAAACUACCACUUCUGCAGAAAGUACUACCCUUGAACCCACACCUGUAGAAGGUACUGCACUUGGCAGCACUUCUGUAGAAACUGCUACUUUUGGUACCUCUUCUGCAGGAACUACCUCACUUGGGACCACUUCUGCAGAAAGCACAACCCUGGGCACCACUUCUGCUGAAACAACAUCCUCUGUAAGUUCAACAGGAAUAUUGGAAACAUCCAUGCUUGUACUGACAACUGCAGGAACAACAACCUCAGCUAUAACUAUACCUGGAUUAACAUCUGUUGUUGAAAUGAUGAUUACUCAAACUACCACUUCUGCAGAAAUUACUACUCUUGACACCAGUUUUGCAAUAACUGCACCCUCAGUUAAUUCAGCAGGAAUAGUAUUGGAAACCACACCAGUAAAAACAACUGCUGGAACAACAACCUCAACUAUAACUACACCUGCCUUAACAUCAGUUGUUGAAACCACAAUGGCUCAAACUACCACUUCUGCAGAAAGUACUAAAUUUGGUACCAUUUCUGGAGAAACCGCACCCUUAGUUAGUUCAAAGGCAAUAGUAUUGGCAACAUCCCCACCAGUAAUGACAACUACUGGAAAAACAACCUCAGCUAUAACUUUGCCUUGCUUAACAUCUGUUGAUGAAACCACAGUGACCAAAACUACCACUUCUACAGAAAGUACUACCUUGGGCACUACUUUUCCAAAAACUACUACUCUUGGCACCACUAUAACUACACCUGCCUUAACAUCUGUUGUUGAAGCCACAAUGGCUCAAACUACCAUUAGGCACCACUACUGCAGAAACUACAACACUUGGCACCAAUUCUGCAAAAAAAAACACCACCGUUGGUCCCACUUUUGUAGAAGGUACUUCCCUGGGUACCACUUGUGCACUACCCUUAGUACUACAUCUGUAGAAGGUACUAACUUGGCCACUACUUCUCCAGAAACUACACUUGGAACCACUUCUGCAUUAACUAUAAUGCUUGAUAGCACUUUUGCUGAAACAACACCCUCAAUUAGUUCAGCAGGAACUACAGCUGUAGGCACACCUGUCUUAACGCCUGCCGUUGAAACCACAAUGGCUCAAACUACCAUUAGGCACCACUACUGUAGAAACUACUACCUUUGGCACCACUUUUGUAAAAAAAACCACCGUUGGUCCCACUUUUGUAGAAGGUACUUCCCUGGGUACCACUUGUGCACCACCCUUAGUACUACAUCUGUAGAAGGUACUAACUUGGGCACUACUUCUCCAGAAACUACACUUGGAACCACUUCUGCAUUAACUAUAAUGCUUGAUAGCACUUUGCUGAAACAACACCCUCAAUUAGUUCAGCAGGAACUACAGCUAUAGGCACACCUGUUUUAACGCC